AUGAACAGGUCGGGCUACGAAUAUACCGUGCCUGUAUCUACUACAUACUACGCAACCAAUUCACGGCCACCGCAAUAUGAGCGAGGAUACGGGCAGCUUGCGCCAGUACCACUUUACAGUCCCUCCUCACACCCUCUCUCUAAUUAUGCCGACGUGUACGAAGGAAAUAAUGAUACUACACUAAGAGCAGAAGAAAGGCACUGGUAUAUAGAAAAUCAUAAAAACUUGCAAAGCAAUUACAGCGGUAAUCAUGAUGCUACUUCUGAAGAUAUCAAAAUUAAAAAAGAAGAGGAGAAAAAAAAUGAUGUUCAAAUUACAAGGUCUGACACGGCGCAAGUGCGACAAAGACGAAAAGAGGACCGUUGCUCUUGCGAAUGUUGGCCUACUUCAGACAAUAAUGGCAUACAAGAUACUAGUGGGAAUGACACUGCGAGAUCUUUGUCAGGAGUCGAUAUGGUAGCAUCUUAUGGCGUGUAUGGAACCUCACAAGAUGAAGAUCACUCUGGCUUCGCGCGCAUAUCAGAGAAGAAUGCAACGUUUAGUCAAAGAAAUGAGCCUCCUGUACAAGGUGUGAUAGUUAAUCAGCAAGGAAACAGUGCAGUCGUGAGAUCCACGAGUUCAACUGAUGCGUCAUGCAGCAAGUGUUGUCGAUGGUCAACAAAUGGACAAGCCCAAGCUAAUUCAGAAGAUUACUGCUGGAUACAUUAUUGUAGACCAGCACUUAUUAUAUUAUUACUAUUAUUUUUUCUUGUAUUAUUGGGAGUUUCAACAGGGUUCUUAUUGACAAAUAAUUAUUUACAUUACCAACCACGACCACCAGCUCCAGAGGAAGCAUGCGAAAAAACAUUCUGCCGAUGGGGAGCGGAAUGCGUCUCAUUAGGCGACGGGCGCGCCCAUUGCGCUUGCCCCACAAGCUGUCCAUCCUCAGCUACACCGGUUUGCUCUACUGCUGGAAGAACCUAUCGCAACCAUUGCUAUUUAAGAAAAGAAGCUUGUGAAAGAAGGCUCAAUUUGCGUAUCAAGCACGAGGGUGAAUGUGAAGCUGGGGACCCAUGCAGUGGAGUAACAUGUCCAACGGGUGCUAGAUGUAUAGUAACAUAUGGCCAGGCUGAAUGUCGAUGUCCACGAAGUUGUCAAAGACGGAAGCCGGUCUGUGGUAGCGACGGCCGCGAAUAUCCAUCUGCUUGUCAUCUUGAUAAGCACGCCUGUGACAAUCAACUCAAUAUCACAAUCAAGUAUCAUGGAAAAUGUGAUCCGUGUGCAGAACAUGAAUGUAUCGAUGGGGAGGUUUGUCUUUUGAACGAAGUCCGUGCACCUACGUGUAAAUGUGGUCCCGCGUGUGAACUCAUCGUGCGACCAGGCUCCGCAGUAUGCGGCUCCGACUACAGGGACUAUGUCAGCGAAUGUGCCCUCCGUCAGGAAUCUUGUCGUACCAGACAACAACUGUCUAUUGCUUACAGAGGAGAGUGUGCGUCAGCCCAACAUCCGUGCGAGUCAGUAAAAUGCGGAGUGAGAGAACGGUGUACCUUAGACGCGCGAGGGGUUGCCGUGUGCGGUUGCGGUCCGGACUGCGAAGAAGUUAUUCGACCGGUGUGUGGGACUGAUGAUCGUACAUACGACAGCCCUUGUCUUCUGGACCGAACUGCGUGUUUGGAUAAUAGAGACAUUCGUGUAGCUUAUAUGGGAUCAUGUGGAAUAGAAAACCCAUGCGCAAGAGCAAGUUGCCCGUGGGGAGGAGCUUGCGUGACUCGAGGUGGUGCGGCUCACUGCUCUUGUCCUGUGUGCGACUCGACGCCCGCGCCCGUCUGCGCCUCCGACCGCAAUACUUAUGGCAGCGAGUGCAAAAUGCGUAUGCAUGCAUGCCAAAAUAGUCUACGAGAUGGGGAGCUACGCGUACUGUACAAUGGAACUUGUCAAACGUGUGCUGACGUCGUAUGCGAGGGAGGCGGUGACUGUGAGGUGAAUCCUGACAGUGGACGUCCAGUGUGUCAUUGUAAUCAUAAUUGCACAGACAUACAGGCAUCAGAAGUAGUAUGUGGAACGGAUGGCCAAACUUAUCCGUCGCAGUGUGAACUAGAUUUGACGACUUGCCGCGAACAAAGCGCACUACGGCAGGCCUACAAAGGAGACUGUGCGCUCUGCGAGGGCGUCCAGUGCUCUUUUGGGGCUCACUGUGUAGCCGGUGAAUGUUUGUGUCCGACCGAUUGUACGAGCGCGCCACGUGAACCCGUUUGCGGUAGCACCAUGCAGACCUACCCUAAUGAAUGCGAACUACAGAAAGCGGCGUGUAAAUUGCCACCACCCGCUAAACUUCAUGUCAUUUUCUACGGAGACUGCAAAGAUAGACUCGCAGUAGUUCCACCGAUUGCUAUGACAACCACCGCGAUGACCACAACCGAGGGGGAUGAAGGUUCUACAGAUUUCUUGGGCGCAACUGAAAUAGGAACGACGAGUUCGUCAGCAUGCCGCGAUAUUCGCUGCGAUUUUGACGCCAGCUGCGAAGUCGGUUACGAUGGGUAUCCACGGUGCUCGUGCCUUUUCGAAUGUCCAGCCGAUGAUGAAUACUUUCCGGUCUGUGCCUCAGACUUUCGACUUUAUCCGAGUUUGUGCGCAAUGCGGAAGGAAGGCUGUCAGAAACAGUUGGAACUUAGAUUAAGACCUUUGGAUCUGUGUAAAGGUAUGGAAGUGCGCCCGUGCGGCAAUAACAAGGCAAUGAUAGAUCUGUCAACGGGGCUGGAGAUUGACUGCGGCAACGGGCCGCACCGGCAGGACUGUCCGCCGGGGACAUAUUGCCAUAUCACGCUCGCUGCAGCACGAUGUUGCCCCAAGAAUGACACAAAACAAGUAGAUGAUAAGCGGGGUUCACAUUGUUCUGAGAGCGUGUACGGUUGUUGCGCGGAUGGCUCGUCCUUUGCAACUGGUCCAAACGAAGAGGGCUGUCCAGUAACGACUUCAACUUGCGGUUGCAAUCGAUUAGGAUCGGUGUCGGACCGAUGCGAUGACAGCGGUCAGUGCGUUUGUCGGCCGGGCGUGGGCGGCCUUAAGUGCGACAGAUGCGAGCCCGGCUACUGGGGACUGCCUAGAAUUGGGUCUGGUCACACGGGAUGCAUACCGUGCGGUUGUUCGGCAUUCGGGUCGGUGCGGGAGGACUGCGAGCAGAUGACGGGGCGCUGCGUGUGCCGCGGCGGCGUGCAAGGCCAGAAGUGUACAGUGUGCGCCGACCAUCGACGCCGUUUAGGACCUAACGGCUGUUCUGAUCCUGAAAUCAGUGGAGUGGUGGAAUCAUGCGCAGAGUUGUCGUGCUACUUCGGCGCGGUGUGCACGGACCGUACGGGCGGCGCGCUGUGUGAGUGUGCUGCAGCGCCCUGUCCAGAUAGCGACUUAAACAUGCUGGUAUGCGGGAGCGAUGGUAAAACUUACGAAUCUGAAUGCCAUCUUAAAUUGCAAGCUUGUCGCACCCAGGAAGAUAUCGUAGUUCAAGCGUUUGGGCCUUGUAAGCUAUCAGAAAUCGCGGGCACAGUCGGUCCUUUGAGGCCUUCCUCGCCGAUACAAUUCACCCAACAAGACGACGGCGCAGCGUCUAAAUCAACAAGACAUUUACUCAAUCCAGAAAAAUACUACAACAAAUAUGAUUGGACGAGAAAAGAAACGCCCAGUGAUUUUGACAGUAUUGUGCAAGGGCAAAAAUUGAAGGGUUCACAAACAGCAACAACAGCGACAGUGGGCGCAGUAGGAGCGUUAUUGGGAGACCUUUGUACUGAAGACGGGGAUUGUGCAGCUUUGCCCGGCGCUUUCUGUGCUCGAGGAGGCUGUGUGUGCCGCCCUGGGUACAUCCCCACAACUCACAGAAAAGCGUGUGUUGAACAAAUAACUCAGGAAACAACGGAGGAAUAUAGUGCAUGUUUAUCUGAGCCCUGCUACAAUCUCGGCAGCUGCAUCGACUUGCCGGCCUCCACGUACGCGUGCGUGUGUCCCGAACCCUACACCGGCUUCAACUGCGAAUUUCAUAUCAAAGACGCUCAGCCAUCUAGUUACAUCGAAACUCCAUCCUUUGACGGAUCUUCCUACAUACGCCUAAAACCACUAAAGGCUUACCAUAAGUUGAACAUCGAUAUUGAAUUUAAGGCAUUUUCUGAAAAUGGGGUCAUACUGUACAAUCAGCAGAAACCCGACGGAACGGGUGAUUUUGUUUCUCUCGCGUUGGUGAACGGAUAUUUGGAGUUCAGGUACAAUCUUGGAAAUGGUGUAAUAAUUCUUACGUCGCUUGAAAAAAUAACGUUGAACGAAUAUCAUAAAGUAUCAGCGAAACGAUAUCACCGAGAUGGAAUUCUCUCAGUCGAUAAUAUGGAAGACGUCGCCGGACAAUCCGCUGGUAAUUUAAAAGCGUUAGAUCUUGCUGAAGAUGCGUAUAUUGGGAGCGUGCCUACGAAUUAUUCAAGGGUGUUCGACAAUAUCGGGACUCGGAGUGGUUUCGUCGGGUGCGUGAAGUACUUCAGGAUAAUACGUCAUCAAGUCACAAAGAAAUUGGGUCGUCCGGAUUCAUUAGUCGUAUCCAUAGAGAACGUUCGAGAGUGCCAAUCUAAUCCGUGUAUGAGUAUGCCCUGUAAGAACGGCGCUACGUGUAAAUCAGACUCGGAUACAGAAUAUAUAUGUAGGUGUCCGAUAGGAUUUCAAGGAGCCAAUUGUGAGGAGAGAUUAGAUCCGUGUGAAUCGAAUCCCUGCGGAUAUGAUGAGGGGCUAUUGUGCGACAUCGGGGCGGACGGCGGACACGUCUGUCGAUGUUUGUUCGGCGAUACUGAUUCUAAUGGGAACACGUGCAACAAUGAUGUUAACGUUGUACAAGAAACUUUGACACCUCAAUUCAAUGGGACAAGUUAUAUUGAGUUACCGCCGCUCGAAGGGCUUGGAAAGGCAUUCAGGAUCGAAAUUUGGUUUUUAACGAACCGAUUUUCUGGAAUGCUUCUUUAUACCGGCCAGUCCAAUAAAGCCAAGGGGGAUUUUAUAGCGAUUAACUUAGUUAAUGGAUAUCUACAGUUUAGGUACAAUUUGGGGAGCGGAAUCGCCAAUAUCACGUCCCCUGUGUCAAUAACAAAAGGUAGAUGGCAUAGGGUUAGAGCCACUCGUAUCGGGAGACACGGAAGUUUACAAUUUGAUCAUCAUCCUACGCAAAGGGGCGCCUCCGCUCCACCGCUCACUCAUCUUGAACUCACUUUACCACUUUUUAUUGGAUCCUUACCUGCUUUCGUCCGUCCUCACAAAAUGUCGGGGGUGACGAGCAGUUUCAUAGGCGCCAUGCAACAGGUUUUCGUGAACGGCAUUCCCCUGUCUAUGUACAGUGGGGAUGUAGCGAAGUGCUCCGUAGUGGCGGAGGAAGAUAGACUGCCGUGCGCCACCAGCGGGGUCACUAAGUACGCCGGACCGCCUUGCGGAGACGGUCUCACCCCUUGCAAAAACAAUGGCACAUGCAUACCACUUUUGAACGAAUACAAAUGUAUAUGCCCGGAUGGGUACCAAGGGAGGAACUGCGAGGUGCAAUUAAAAGUAGAGAUGUUAAACGAUGGAGCGCCCAUUAAGUUCGACGGAAAUAAUUAUUACUCGUACAGGAGUCGAGGCGGCCGCAGCUUUCAAACUAACAUUGAAGGUGAAGGACAUUAUGAUGUAAGA